CCUCGGGAGAAGAAGCAUAUCGUCGUUUGAUUCGAAUCGGCAACGAUGGCACUAUCGCAGUGGAAGGAAGCCAUCCUCGAAGGCAUUUUCAUGGAGAUCGAGGAAGGACUCGUGGAGGAGAAGAAUCUCGAGCGGUUAGAGAAUCUAGUGGAGAUUCUUCACAAAGAAGGCUCUAAAGUCCCCGAAUCAGUGAAGGAAUCCUACUGUCAAGUCGCCGUGGAGUGUACAGUGAGGUCUCUCACCGACGAGAACGACGCGAAAGAAGCUUACGCCGAAGCGAUUCGAUCGAUUUGGCUCCGUAGGGUUAUGCCUCUGUGCGAUAAGGUCAGUUGUUUGGUCACUCGCGACCUCUUGAACAGCUGUAAAAAGUUGUGGACUGCUUACGGUGACGAAGAGGCUUGUGAGGCUUUGAUGGAUGAGAAUACUAGAGAGAAAGCUUUGGAUUCUCUGAGGAAGGUUGUUUCUGAUUUGCAUCCGGAGAUUGAGUAUGACUAUGGUGAGAGAGAUGGUGACGUGGAUGAUUCGGAAGAGUGUAGCGAAGAAACAAUAGAUACAGAGCCAAUGGAGGAAGACGAAGAAGGGACGCUCUCUUCAGAUAUUGAUGAGGAAAUAACUUGUGGUGUGGUAGAAGCUGAAUCUCCACCUCGUGGAAUGAAGAACAUUUCCUCUGCAGUUGUUGAGAAGGCGCUCGAGAAGCUGAGAGGUUCUAAAAACGAUCUGAUGGAUGCCUUGGCAGAAGUAGGAGGACCUUCAAACUUAAACGUUACUUCGAUUGUACAACAUGAAAAUGAUGUUGCUGAUCCUGCUGCAUCAGACAAACUUAGCUUGAUGGAGCGAAGAACCACAGCAGAGACUUACGAGUGGAAAGACUCAAUUGAUGAUUCUGAUGGAGAAACGGGCGAUGAGGGUGAAGUAAGAGGCGAAAGGGUUGUCGUGUCUCCAUGGAAAAGAAACCAAGGUGGUGGUGGUAGAAGGACGAAAAUUCCUUGGAGUACUGCAGAAACGCUGGCCGUAAUGAAAGGCUAUGAAAAGUAUGGUGCAGACUGGAAGCGGAUCAAAGAUGAGUGUCCAAUUCUAGUGCGCAGAACUAAUGGUGAUAUCAAAGAUAAAUUUCGAGUUGAGAUGAGGCGUCAAGAGCACCAUCCUUGAGUAGGAACCUGAAGAAGACAUCAGACCUUUUCUGCGUAGACGAUUAACAAAAUGCUGAACAAAGAUGUGUUGUGACAUCUAUGGAAUGUAAAAAGAACUGGGUAACAUUUUGUCGCUUUUUGUCUUUCAACCCUUGAAAGUUUUGUACAUGUGAUGAUGAUAAUAUCUAGUGAGUGACGGUGACUCUGCUUGUUUAAGUAAACUAGGUUCCUUGAUCAGUAUAAGGGCAGUUCAUUUCGGUUUUUA